AUGGCCACCACUGCCAACACGCACCCCCUUGGAAUCACAGGCUUCGCCUUGGUAACAGGCGGUGGCUCAGGUAUCGGACGGGCCACCUGCUUAUUAUUAGCGAGGGAAGGAUGCGCGGGUAUCUGCGUCGCUGAUAUAUCGUCCAAGGCUGCAUCCACUGUGGUCGCCGAGCUGCAGCAGGUCGCAAGCAACCCGUCCUUUAAGGCUACACAAUAUGCUCUGGAUGUUGUGGAUGCCAAGUCUGUGCAAAUGAUGAUAACGAAGGUGGUAGAGGAGUUUGGACGAGUUGACUACGCUGUGAACUGCGCCGGAAUUGGCGCCAUCAAGCAUGGAUUGGCCGAGACGGAACAGGAUGAGUGGGACCGUAUGAUCGCAGUCAACCUUACCGGUGUCUUUGCGUGCGUCAAGGAAGAGAUUCAGCAGAUGAUGAAGCAGGAGCCGUUCCAGACUAGCACCUACGCUCCGCUCCAACGUGGGGCCAUCGUCAACAUCGCAUCUCUCUCCGGCCUCGUUGGCCUGCGUCAUUCCGGCGCCUACACAGCAGCAAAACACGGAGUGGUGGGUAUUACACAAACGGCCGCCCUUGACUAUCCCGAGGUGAAGUCGAAUGCGGUGGUACCGGGCUACAUCAAGACACCCUUGACAUCGGUGCCUGGAGAAAUGCAGCGCAACGCGCUGGAGAAGGUCAACAACUGGACGCCUAUGAAGCGCUUCGGUCUGCCUGAGGAGGUAGCUGAGGGCAUUGUCUGGCUACUAGGGAGCAGGAGCAACUUUGUGCAUGGGACCUGUCUGACUAUUGAUGGAGGGUACUUGUCUCAUUAA